GCCACGCAACACUCUUUCUCUCUCCAUUAUUUCUUUCUCCUUAUCUCAAAAAUAACACUAUUUCCAUAAUCAACACUUCACGACUCAUUUAACGAUAACCAUUACUUACCACACUCAUUCGAUUGAUAUAUCAAGAAUACUCACGUCAACUGCUUGGUCUUAUUUACGAUUGAGCUCGGCUGGGCUACAGCACCCUGAGCCUAGCUUGCACAUAUCCAUACUCGACUGAGACCUCUUCAUUCUACUUCAUUCCAUCAUGGCGCCCGCUAUCAUCCGCUCAUUGCGCAGUGCGUCUUCACUCACACAGCACGCCCCUCGUGCUGCCGAGGCCUUUUCCACACUCUCGGAACACUUGUUGGAGGGCAGUAAAGUGCUACUAGCUCGAGAGAAUAAAGACGACGACAAGAACGAUAGACACAAACCAUCGGUCGAACCUGAAUCAGGCUCGUUCGACCCUCACGACAUCAGCAAUGCCGGUUUCUUCUUCCUUUUUGCCCUGAUCGGUGUGGUGUUCGUGUGUACCGGUAUCUGGUUCUUCUUCUGGGCAAAGAACGGUGGCUUCCAAUUCAAGGAAACAGAUUGGGAUGACUACAAAUCUACGGUUCUUCGACGCACCGGGCCUAACGGCACUAUUCUCUCUAACGCAACCCGACCAACAAACCUCGGUGGUGGUAGUGUAUACAAGGACGUGGACGAUGACAACACGACUGUAGUCACAGAGAGCACAACACUUACUGGUAUCACAGCUGGAGCAAGCGACAUUGGUGCACGUGAGAAGCGACGCCGCAAGCAGGAAAAGCGAGACCGUGAACGUGCGAAGAAGGGCAAGAAGACUAGCCGUCACGUUGGCGAAGCAGGUGUUGAAGACGAGGAAGCCGAACUUGCAGCCAAGAAGGAACUCCGCAGCUAUCGCCAUGAAAGACCUGCCCGCGUCGGUGGACUGAACAAGGAGAGUGAAGGCUCCGAGUGGGACGGCUCUACCAACCCCGGCACCGAAUCUAACGUCUCAACAAACCUUCUUUCUGACCGUCAGACCACUCCUACAACCACACCUACCAAGUCCAAGGGCGGCAUCCGCAAGGUCUACUCCACCGCUGAUCGUCGUGAGAACCGUGAGGCAGAGCGCAUGCGCGCCGAGGCCCGUCGUCUUCGUGAAGCUGGCCGAGCAGCCCGUCGUGAUUUCAGCUACCAACGUGCCGAGAGCUACACCCGCGCCGACAGCCAGGUCAGUGAGAGUCUUCUCGAUGGAUCGCAGGUGACUCGUACCACAGACGAUAGUGGCGAUCUGGGUACCAAGAGUUACCACCACCCGAUGCCUGAGCUGAGGGAGCUUGAGAGGGAGAGGGCAAGGGAGGAGAGACGGGCACGAAGAGCGCAGAGGGAAUAUCGACGAGGACGAGGAGAGGAGUGUUAAGGUUGACGUGAUAUGGGUAUGACGAAAGUCUUGAAUGGGCUAUAAGGUAAAAUGCGAUUUUCUUACUUUGGGUUUGGGUUGGGUUCACUGCGUGCAUGUAGAUGUAUAACGUUAAUGUAAAUAGGCAUGGUAACGGUUUCUCACGGACAUGAAUUGAUAUGCUGAGAUUGUUAGAUUUUGAGAUAGGCAAUGCAUUGAAUAAACAUGAUGCUCUGG